AUGCGACCCCUUAUCUCCCAUCCAGACCCUCUCACUGAGGCCAAAGAGGCAACCGAGCUUACAUUGGCCAUGAAGAGUUCAUUUACCUUGAGGGCAACACAGUUACUCUGUGACAGAUUCAAUCUCUGCUCCAUUCCAUUCCUACUGCUUAAUCAGGUCACAGUCGACACAGAUUUGCACCAUGAGACCCUGGACAGCUCUCACCAUCCUGGUGCUGUUUGUCACACUCUGGCCACAGAUGAAGACUAUUCAUAUUCCAGGUGGGGCCACCCCUACCACGCCGCCAUCAGCAAGGAUCGGCGCUACGCCGGCCUGAAGCCUGGGGAGCUGCCCACCUGCGAGAGCCUGAAGGACACCAUCGCCAGAGCCCUGCCCUUCUGGAACGAGCAGAUCGCGCCCCAGAUCAAGGCGGGGAAGAGGGUGCUCAUCGCCGCCCACGGCAACAGCUUGCGGGGUAUCGUCAAGCAUCUGGAAGGCAUGUCAAAUGAGGCCAUUAUGGAACUCAACUUGCCCACCGGGAUCCCCAUCGUGUACGAACUCGACGAGCAGCUGAAGCCCACCAAGCCCAUGCAGUUCCUUGGGGAUGACGAAACGGUCAAGAAGGCCAUGGAGGCUGUGGCUGCCCAGGGCAAGGCCAAGUAAUAGCCUGGAAGCAAACUCUGCGCAAUAAAGUCAACCCCAUCAAUCUCCA